CGAAAGCAGCAGCUGACGAAUGCAAAGGCGCAGGCGGAAGCAGCAGAAGCAGAAGCAGCGCUGCCUUCGCGUGGAGGCGAAGAAGGGGCGAAGGGCGGGUAACUCCACACACGCGUCGCCAGUCGAUCACCGCCGGAGCGAACCCCUUGCUCUCCUUCUCCUCGGUCCCUAUCUUCUAUCUUUUUCUUAUACCAGCACGCGCUCCUCUUCCUCAUCCUCUUCCUCGUCACUCCUUCUCACUCCUCCUCCCCCGCUCCUCCCGCACUUGCAGACCAUGAGUGUCUCGCACAGCACCACCGCCAGCCUCAGCAUGUCGCUCGCCUCGAGUGUCUCGGGCACCUCUUCGUUCUCCGCAAUGCGCAGCGCCAGCACCGGAUACUCGUUCCAGCGGUUCAAUGCCCUCACCGUCGACGACCUUUUCCUCGAAUUGAAGCGAACAGAGCAGCAGUACGUCCAGGACCUCGAGUGCAUCCGCGACGUCCACCUCGUCGAGGAGCUCCUCAUCGUGCAUCUUGCAUUGCAGCCGUCACUAUCAAAAGUCCUGAUUUGGGGCGAGGAAGCUGCUCCAAUCUAUCGCCAGUACGUCAAGGAGUACGUCUACGAUCCCGACGAGUCCGAAGAACUGCGUUAUCUCAAGCGACGACCGCUGGUCCGCCUACGCUUCUUCUCAAAGUUCUUCAAGAAACUCGAGGAAUUCCUGCCAAACGUCCGUGGCAUCGUCGCACACGCGGCCCUCUACAGAAUCCUCGUGUCCACUGCCAGAGCCAAGGUGGAAAGCGAAAAAGUUCGCACUGCGCGUCUGAAGAUCGAAUUCUCAAAAGUUCGCAGUUUUGAUACACUUCAGCCAGUUGCAACACAAGUCAACCCAAAAUGGAUCACAGCGCGCUCAUACUGUCAAUGCCAUCUUAACCAUCGCACGGGAAAGACAUUCGAAGGUCUCCCUGUCGAAAUCAUGCUCAUCUCAGAGCCUCUUUGGUCUAACGCCCUCGCGAUCUGUCAGCUGCAUGAGCUCCAACGGUUCCUUCUCUUCCCCACAUUCCGCCGAGCCGACCUGGUCUACAUUCCCUCUGAAGACAUGUCCUCGCUCGAAAUCACGCUCAAGUCGUACGAUGAGAGUUCAAUCACGCUCAAGUUUUCUUCCUCUGAAAACAAGAAAACGUGGGCUUCGACUUUCAAGGAACUCUUCCCGCCAGCGCCCGCUCUUCCUGCCGAUGUAGCGCCCCGGAAGCCUAGUCUAUCUGGCUUGCAGAUCAUUUCCGGUGACAGCGAGGCUGCGCGAUUGGAUACAGAAGCACUUGACUCUGAACUUCGUGGACCAAGACUUUUCGAAGAACCAGAGCUGCGGCCCUACAUAGUCGAGACCGAGAUUUCUCCCAAGAAGAAGCGCCAUUCGAUAUUCCGAUACGGCAGCGGAAACAGUCUCAACCGAGUCAACUCCUCUUCGCGCCCGUCUGUGCGAUUCAGUCGCGUCGUGAGCGAGUCUCGCAUCUCUCCUUCGUCGAGCAGUACCUCUCUUUCGCCAUAUAAGCGUCUCCAGCAGCGGCUAGUUGAGAAGCAGCGGUCGGUGUCGGCUAUUGCCUCGUUGCCCUCGAUCCAGGAUAUGGUUUUGAAGGAAGAAUCCCCCGCUACAUCUCCAGAGCUCACGAGAUCUCCUAAAGAAAACAGCGCCGCUGCCGCUGGCGCGUCGCCUGCUAACCUCGCGCGCAGAUCGUUUUCUGAUCGAAGAUCAUCGCUCAUGACAGCCGUGACCAACACAUUUAACCAGUCAAGGUCAGUCUCGGCACCGAGUCCUUCUCAGGCCCAGUCAGAAGCAGUAGCGCCUGUCAAGACUCCACGCGAGACGACCGUUGCCAUCGCAAGGCUCAGAGACGACUCUUCUGGAGAGCAAAAGUCCAAGGCCGAGUUCCAGUCUUCGCGAAUGGAAAAGACAAUGUCGACAGACUCUGUUCGUCUUACCGAGUCAUCGUCGUCUGGCAUCUAUCUUGUUCCCACUAGCGCUCGUGAGAAGAAAAACGCGGCCUCGCCAAUUCCUCGCGUGCGCGAUCCUGAGAUUGCUCCUUCGCCGCCCGUGAACCGCGAAUCCGUCUUCUCAUUCACGCCCGAGACAUUUGACGUCAGCCCUCGCCCGCCUCAGGAGAGCAAGACCCCGGUCCAAAAUGCAGAGCCGUCCCAGACUCCUCAGUUGAACCGCAAGAAGUCUUCUUUCGGAUUCGGCCGCAAGCAGAAGGACUAUAUCCUGGACGAGAACGCGGGAGUGUCGACCACCAGAUCUGGCUCUGUCUCGUCUGUCUUUAGAAAGAUCACCCCCCGCUCCCACCUUGGCAUGUCGACCCGUGCGUCAGAGAAAGAGAUGGAUACCGAGAAGGCAAUCAGCGGGAUGUACUCCCGCAUGACUCGCCGCGCCUCGACCGCGCUCGCGAAUCUGUCGCCAAACAUCGGCUCGCCAAAGUCUCCUAACGUCGACUCCCCUAUCCUCUCCGACGCCAUUGCCUCUCCCGCGAGCGUGUCUUCUGAGUUUAGCGACUACGAGGACUCGAAAAAUCACAAGAGAGUGUCGUCGAUGGGAUUUAUGCGCGGAUUGAGAAUGUCGCGGAUCAGCAUGCGAUCUACGUCCACGACAGGUGCGCCAAAGGUCGAGCAGCCUAUCCAGGAGCAGACUGCUGCUGCUCCGGCACCGCAUGAGCCUGCUCAGCCAGCUGAAGUGUUGGUUGCUGCUCCGGCUGUUGAGACUGCUCAGAAGGUUGAGAAGCCUGUGGAAGCUGAGAAGCCUGAGAAGCCUGAGGAGAAGUUGCCUGAGCCUGCGGCAGCCGUCCCUGCUCCAGUAGCUGAACCCCACACUUCCAUGCCAUCUGUUCCAACCGUUGUCCCCGCCUCCCGUCCCAAAUCUACAGUCAAGCCCGAACCUGCUGCCGUCUCGAAAGCCGAAGAACCCGCCGGCAAGACAAACAAGUUCAGCAUAUUCGCCCGCAACGCGCGCAAGAUGCGCGCAGCUCUGCAGUCUCAGCAGCAGCCGCAGCCUGAGAGCACGAGAGAGGACGAGUUUUCUGCGCCGGUCGAUGUCGAGCGGAUCGAUAUGGAUUCGGGAACGGUGCUGAUUACGACCGCGCCGCCGUCGCCGAGUGCAAAGACGAGGAUUAUCGAUGUCAAUGGCGAGGAUCAGGCCGUUGCUGCUUCUGAGGUUUCUGAGGAGAAGACCGAGGAAGUUGAAAGCAGCGAGGUUGACGAGCCGGUCGAGGUCGAGGUCGAGGUGCUUUCGAAGCCGUCGACAGCCAACACGGAGACAAACUACACGACUGCAUCUAACGGCUCGGAAGCAACUAUUCAGAACGAGGAUCUGCCGGUUGCGAUCGCGUUGGCUUCCGACGCAGGCACCUCUGAGCGAGACGACGACAGUGUGUACGACGACGCGCAUGACGAUUUCCCGGUCCCAAAGGUGUCGCCGCUGAAGAUCAACACGAGCGUGCGAAACUCGCGGGUCGUCGGCGAGAGCGUUCUGUCGCCGGGAUACCCUCCGUCACCGAGCAACGAGAUCGUCGACACUUCUGCAUUUAUCAGCACAGAGGAAGAUCUCAAGUUGAAGGAGAUGGAAGAGAUGGCAAACACAGUGAGCAUGUCGUUUCACCGCGCGAUCAAGAACGGCGAGCACGAGCUGUUUGCCAACAAGCCCGAGCUCGCGGUGUCGGAGCCGCCGUCGCCUGGUCUGCCGCUUGCGGGCGACGAAACUCCGAUUGUCCCGCCGUCGCCGCUGCGGGUCCCGAAACGGGGCUCGUCAUUGCAGUCGCCGUCUUCGCGCGCGUCGACGUUGCGGGACAGUCAGAUUACAGUGUACGCGGACACGCAGCUGUGGACGGGCAAGCGUUACUCGUUGAGGGACGGGGCGAUGUCUGAUGACGCGGAGGAGGAAGAGAUUCCUCUUGGCGAGAAACGCCCCGUCGAGGCUGUUGUACGGAAGGAUUCGGCCGAUGACGAUUACUACAGCGUGAUGGAGAUGUCUGAGAGCUCAGGCUCCGCGUCGGAUGAUGAGAAGAGCGAGGAUGCGGAUGAGAUCAAAUUGCCUUUGGCUACGAAGCGAUCGUCGUCGGCACUGCACAGGGCGGAGAGUGAGGGACGUACGGCUUUGAAGCCAAAGUCUGUCAACUAUUCCAUCCCUGGAGGGUUCACGUCUUCUACCUUGCCCGGGUCUAUUCUAAAGAAAGAGUAUGAUCCGUCAAUCAUCUCCUCGGGCGAGUCAGACGCCUCAUCGACAGCGACAACGACCCCUUCGCCGAGCAUGAAGUGGAACAUGCAGGAUACCGCCAAAGUCGAGGACCUGAAGAUCGUCCUGUUCAAGAGCUACGCUUUCGUCUCGGAAUGGAAUAACAGCAAAUGGGAACGCAUAACCCCGAAGGAAGUCCGCGUGCUCGUCGCCGUCACCGAGGGCACGGCCACCGUCGAAGUCUGGCCAAAGACUAUCUCGCCGAGUUCGUCGACCCCCAGCUCCGGAACAUCCACACCCGCGCACACGACGUCGGUUUCGGAAACACCAAAGACGCGGAGCGUGAUGUUCAACGUCGCGGGCGACAGCGUGCUCAAUAUGAACGAGACCGCCGCCGCGGAGGGCAAGCCGAUGCUGUCGGUGCCGCUCACGGGCCAAUCGACCGUCAGACGGAGCACCGCGUUCGACGUGCAUCUCAAACGCACGGGCGCGUCGGGAAUCACGAUGUUUCGCAUGCGCACGGCGGCCGAGGCGGAUCAUAUGAUUAGCGCGAUCCACUCGUGCCGGAAAAACUACCAUAGCUCGAGCGUGCGCUCGCGGCCGUUCGGGUCGUCGGUACCGAGUAUCGCGAGCAGCGAGUCGUCGAUGAGUAGCGGCGCGUCGAUGCGCCUCGGCCGCGGCAGCACAACAACGAGUUGGUACCAUCCCACGCUCGAAAGUCCCGGCGGCGAGGGUGUGUUCUCAGCCGACGGCACGGACGAGGUGAUGUUGAUCAAGGACUUCAAGUGUCGUUUGUUUCAGCGGUUCAACGCGCUGAAAUGGCGAAACGUCGGCGCGGCGAAGAUCUCGGUCAGCGCGCUCGCGGAUGAUAACGGCGUGCAGGUGUGUGUGCGGAUGCAGGACGGACAGGUUGCGUUUGAUGUUUUGGUGCGCAAGGAUCAGGUUGCAAAGUUGGGCAAGACUGGGGUUUCGAUCUCGAUGGAGGCUGAUUCAUCUGCUGAGGAGUCGAAACGCGAUGUUUACAUGCUUCAGUUCAAACGAGACAAAGAGGCACAGAUCCUUCUCGAGUCAAUCAGCGAGUACGCACUCCCGUCCGCUGCCGACGAAGAGAACUAAGAACUAAGAACAAAAGAACUAAGAAAACAAGUUUUGGGAGUUUGUUAUCGUUGUUGUAUGUCAGUCAGUCAGGGUAUUUUUGGAUGUUUAGUUUUGAUUUGUUUGGAUUUGUUCUGUAUAUAUAUCGAUAUAUAUGCCCAAAGUCUUGCGGUGGUUGUGUUGAGGACGAGGACGAAGAAUGGGUUUAUUAUUAAUGUUUGGAAAUUUUUGUUGUGGUUUGAUGAUCUAAUUAUAUAAACGCAAUUGUAGUAAUGCUAUAUCUAUGAUA